CGCAAAGCGGUGGCGUUCUGUGGAUUGGCUAGUACUAAAAUAUCCAUUGGGUGGCAGUAACACUAUCCUCUUUAUGACUUGCAGCAAACCGGAGAAUGCAUUCAAUCAAAUGAACCGAUCUUGUAGAAACACUGGAAUCAUUUAUGCAUUGCAGUUUCUCUUUCUUGUUUUCGCUCCUUCUUUCCUGGGAUAUUUUGAGUGGAUUGUGGCUAUUAAUCAAGAUUUCGUGCUAUUCGUGGUUUGCUUGUCGUUUUCGGUCAGGAUUAGCAUCAUUCAAGGCAAACGCAAAGCUGCUUUUUUUCCCCCACUCUUUUCUGAAAAAUCAUUUUUGGGGGCUGCUGAAGAGAGCUAGGACCCAGGAGACACCUUCCCAAACAGCAGGGGUUGUGUGCUUUCACACAGCAGUACUGUACAAGGAAAACCCCGUCGGAUCUGUUAUUGCGGGAUACUUGUGAAAUAUACAUAGGAUUCUUUCUUAUGGCUGCAUCCCGGAUCUGGAAAUUUUACUUGGAGACCAAGAGGAUCUGAAGGGCUACAUGCAUACAGAAGAUUUGCAAGCAAGACUCCGAUUCUUGUCAUAGAGCUCUCAGACUUCCUCACUUACCGGCCUUUUUUCCCGUUCUCCUUUUUUUUUUUUUUUUUUUUUUUAAUUAAAUUUCUUCCCUCUUUUCCUGGUCUCUCCUUUCUCAGUGUCUCCUUUUCUAUCUGCCUCUUCUUUUUUCUCCUAGUCGUCUUUUCCCCCCUGCUCUGCACCUGGAUUGUAUCUUCACCAAACAAUCGGGCACUUUGAGAACUAACUGGAGGCAGUCUUGUAGGGAAGAGCUGUAUGGAAUUAUCUGCUUUUAUGGUGAACUUGGCAUUUGUGAAUGGGUAUCUUGUUCACAAUAUUAAUUGCUAGCAAAAGCAAGAAAAAGAACACAGGAGUAAAACGUGGAUUUUUCUGAAUACGCAUUGUGAUGACCAGCAAUUACCUUACCGACUGAUAUCCAGAGGAGAAUAAUUUGGAAGACUGUUGUGGGGAACAGCCUUUAAAAGCUGGAAGAUGAAAGCUCUGAUUCCACACUUGAUUCUCUUAUAUGCUACUUUUACUCAGAGUUUGAAGGUGGUGACCAAAAGAGGCUCUGCCGAUGGAUGCACUGAUUGGUCUGUCGAUAUCAAGAAAUAUCAAGUUUUGGUUGGAGAGCCUGUUCGAAUCAAAUGUGCCCUCUUUUACGGUUAUAUCAGAGCAAAUUACUCCCUGGCCCAAAGUGCUGGACUCAGUUUGAUGUGGUACAAAAGCUCUGGCCCUGGAGACUUUGAAGAGCCAAUAGCCUUUGAUGGAAGUAGAAUGAGCAAGGAAGAAGACUCCAUUUGGUUCCGGCCAACACUACUGCAGGACAGUGGUCUUUACGCCUGUGUCAUCAGAAACUCCACUUACUGUAUGAAGGUAUCCAUCUCACUGACAGUGGGCGAAAAUGACACUGGACUCUGCUACAAUUCCAAGAUGAAAUACUUUGAUAAAGCUGAACUUAGCAAAAGCAAGGAAAUUUCAUGCCGUGACAUAGAAGAUUUUUUACUACCAACCAGAGAACCUGAAAUCCUAUGGUAUAAGGAAUGCAGGACAAAAACAUGGAGGCCAAGUAUUGUGUUCAAAAGAGAUACACUGCUUAUAAGAGAAGUCAGGGAAGAUGACAUUGGAAAUUACACCUGUGAAUUAAAAUAUGGAGGCUUUGUUGUGAGAAGAACUACUGAAUUAACUGUUACAGCCCCUCUGACUGAUAAGCCACCCAAGCUUUUGUAUCCUGUGGAAGGUAAACUGACAAUUCAGGAGACUCAGCUGGGCGACUCAGCUAAUCUAACCUGCAGAGCUUUCUUUGGGUACAGUGGAGAUGUCAGUCCUUUAAUUUACUGGAUGAAAGGAGAGAAGUUUAUUGAAGAUCUGGAUGAAAAUCGAGUUUGGGAAAGUGACAUUAGAAUUCUCAAGGAGCAUCUCGGGGAACAGGAAGUUUCCAUCUCAUUAAUCGUGGACUCUGUAGAAGAAGGUGACUUGGGAAAUUACUCCUGUUACGUUGAAAAUGGAAACGGACGUCGGCAUGCCAGUGUUCUCCUUCACAAACGGGAGUUGAUGUACACAGUUGAACUUGCUGGAGGGCUUGGUGCUAUCCUUUUGCUGCUUGUUUGUCUGGUGACCAUCUACAAGUGUUACAAGAUAGAAAUCAUGCUCUUCUACAGGAAUCAUUUUGGGGCCGAGGAGCUGGAUGGAGACAAUAAAGAUUAUGAUGCCUAUUUAUCAUACACCAAAGUGGAUCCUGACCAGUGGAAUCAAGAGACUGGAGAAGAAGAACGCUUUGCUCUUGAAAUCCUACCUGACAUGCUUGAAAAGCAUUACGGAUAUAAGUUGUUUAUACCAGACAGAGAUUUAAUCCCAACUGGAACCUACAUUGAAGACGUGGCGAGGUGUGUAGAUCAAAGCAAGAGGCUGAUUAUUGUCAUGACCCCAAACUACGUAGUCAGAAGGGGCUGGAGCAUCUUUGAGCUGGAGACCAGACUUCGAAACAUGCUGGUAACUGGAGAAAUCAAAGUGAUACUCAUCGAAUGCAGUGAACUACGAGGGAUUAUGAACUACCAGGAGGUGGAAGCCCUCAAGCACACCAUCAAGCUCCUGACGGUUAUUAAAUGGCACGGACCAAAAUGCAACAAGUUGAACUCUAAGUUCUGGAAACGUUUACAAUACGAAAUGCCUUUUAAGAGGAUAGAACCCAUUACACACGAGCAGGCUUUAGAUGUUAGCGAGCAGGGGCCUUUUGGGGAGCUGCAGACUGUCUCGGCCAUUUCCAUGGCCGCGGCCACCUCCACAGCUCUAGCCACUGCCCAUCCAGAUCUCCGUUCCACCUUUCACAACACGUACCAUUCACAAAUGCGUCAGAAACACUACUACCGAAGCUACGAGUAUGACGUACCUCCUACCGGCACCCUGCCUCUUACCUCCAUAGGAAAUCAGCAUACCUAUUGUAACAUCCCUAUGACACUCAUCAACGGGCAGCGGCCACAGACAAAAUCGAGCAGGGAGCAGAAUCCAGAUGAGGCCCACACAAACAGUGCCAUCCUGCCGCUGUUGCCAAGGGAGACCAGUAUAUCCAGUGUGAUUUGGUGACAGAAAAGCAAGGGACACCCCGUCCCUGGGAGCUUGAGUGGAGUCUGCAGUCCAGUGCCUGGAACUAAAUCCUCGACUGCUGCUGUUAAAAACACGCAUUACAAUCUCUAGAACACGAGGAAAAACAGGGUCUUGUACAUAUGUUUUUGGCAAUUUCUUUGUAGCAUCAGUGUCUUCCUGUUUUACCAUGUCUCUUAUCAUUACAUUUUUUGACUUUGUUUUAUAUGUCAUUGGAAUUUGUAAAUUUACAUUUUUUUAAAGAAGAGACUUAUGUAUAGAUAGAAAACCCUUUUUUGCUUCAUUAGUUUAGUUUUAGAAUGGGUUUUAUUUUCUUUCCUUUUCUUUUGCUUUUAACAUUUCCUUGGGGUGCUUGGACAAAUCUAUCCGAUGGGACAAGGAGCACCGGAUCCUCUCUUGGGUUCUGCCUGGGAUCAGCAGGGCCGUGUGGGCCUCCGGAGAGCCGUGCAACGAAUGCGGGCCUUGCCAUUUGGGGAAAAAAAAAAAAAAAAAGAUAAGAAGAACACUCGUUCACAGGAGGGCCCCGCCGAUCAGAGCCCUGAAUCUCUUCCUUGUCCCACCUCAUUCCCCACCUCUACCCUUCUAAUGGCGGCAUGAUGUGUAAACUCUGAGGAGGGGUGGGGGUGGGUCUAACUGUCUUAACGUUUAAUUCACUGCUCGUCAGAAUACACUCCAGACCCAGAAGUGUGCUAGUCACUUGACAGUGACCACCACAGAGCGCUCAGAAGAGAAGAUCAAGGGCAUGAAAAUGGGGGAGAGAGUGUUGUUUCUGUUUUUAAAUGAGUUGAUGUACCCUUAUAUAAAUAUAUAUAUAUAUAUAAAACACACACACAACAAAAGAAACAAAAAACAAAAAAACACACAAAAAAACAAAAAAAAAAAACAAAAAAAAAAAUCAAGCCCUAUAUUUGAUCACUUCCUGGAAAGGCAUGAAUGUGUUUGUGGCUGUUUUUGUUUAAUAUUCUACUUCCUCUUUUCCCUCUAUAAUUUUUCUGCAAAUGAGAUUAUGUGCAAAUGCCAGGCAAGUUAACUCAAAAGGGUGAAUCAACACCAGUCGAAAUGAAAUUUACAUUGAAGGCUUCCAAACCAAAGGGAAGGACAGGAUGUGUCAUCAAAUAUGUUUUGUCACCUUGUAUGAUACAAAAUGUUAUUUUCUAAAGAGUCAGAACAGAUCUGUGAAACUUAUUAUGGGGUCCCCUUGUAUUUAAAUGUUAAUUCACUGUAUUUAAUUUUUAAUGCUACAUUCAGAAUCAAGUGUUCGGUUUCAGUUUGUGAACAUAAGCAACGCUUAUUACUAUCGAAGUGUUUAUAGAAGAACUCAGGAGGUCAAGCAUAUGAGUACCAACAGAAAUCGAUAUUUUCAAAAUAAACAUUAUUUACGCAAAAUAGUUUUUAAAUUAGAUGAGAAAGUGUUUAAAAUAAUUUUACUGUAUAAAUAAUUAGUUUUAUUUUAACUGUGUAAUUCUAUCUUUCAGAAACAGAAAGCUGAUGCUCCCAAGAAAUUCAUCCCUUACCGUUUAGCUUUAUGUUUGAAACCAAUGGCAUAAGCAGCUAAUACAAUAUUCAUGGUGAAGAUAAUGCAAAAUCAAUCAUCAAGGAACUUGCAGAGGGUGGAAUUGUUAAAGGGAAAUAUUACCUACGUAGCUUUUAGUUAACAACAACAACAAAAAAAAAUCGAUGUGCCGAAAACACGAAUAUAGAACUACGUUACUUUAGUGACUCCUUGUAGAAACCUCCAUUCCAGUCAUCGUCUGUGGGCUCGUGUAGUGACUAUCGUAUGUUCGGUUUAUUCCUACCACCAUAUAACGAGAAAACAAUUCUACAGUGUGGGUCGCAAUACUAAAGGUGUGAGUUGGCCACAAAAAAAAAAAAAAAAAAAGGAAAAGGAAAAGAAAAAGUGUAAACUUCGAAAGAGUUCAUUUGGGAGGGUAAGAUCGAAUUGCAAAUGUAUGAGAUGAGCCUAAGAAUUCUGCAACAAGGCAAAGGUCUCAGUAUUCGUGUGACAAGGUAAAGGAGCCUUGGGAUGUGCAGUGCUUUUUAUUUGCUUUAAAAUGUUUAUUUCCCUGACAAGUCACCCAGGGUCCUUCUCUCCAAUCUGUUCUUCAUUCCCAUGCUCCCCUUGGACCUGUGUCACUUUUUCACAAAGCAGAACGGAAGCUGCAAGGACACAUAUACUUUGUCAGCUUUGCACAUUGGGUUAUUUUCAGAAUCCAAGAAGGCCAUUGUUUCCUUUGUACUAUGGACACCUGUCAGGGACUGGUGCCAGUGAACCUCACUGGCCUGGAUUCCACACUCCCCCAGUGCUCAGAAAACUGCAAACAUGGCAAUGGCCUGGUUGAUUUCUUUGUUUUUUAAUUUUUCUUAAGUGCACGAUGGAAGUGUAUAGAGGAAGUAAUCAGACCACAGUCAUAUUUUAGGCAUCCAUAGGUGUUAAUUUAGCUGCAUCGGGAGUACAUUUUUUGUUCUAUUUUUAGUGUAGAUUUAAGCACUUUGAAUAGCAUGAUUCAGGGAUUGAUGGGUAAUAUUUGAUAUUCUCACAACUUAAGAAACUUUUUUUUUCCUCUAAUGCUUUGUCAUAUUUUUUAAAAAGAAAACAAAUGGAGAAGAAGCUAUCUAUGGCUUUAGUAACAUUCCUCCCAAGUAUUCCUCUAUCAGCUCCGUGUGAGAACAACUGAAGGAUGCUGUCAUGUGUUCACGUGCUCUAUGUUUAAUAAAAGUUAUGUUAGAACUCACAAUAAAAAGAGAACAAAUGUAUUUUCCCUAGUGCUUAGGUUUCAUCCUUCUCUUUUUUCGGUGGGGACCGUGGGGAAUGAGAACAUCCUAGUUGUAAAAAUACAGUUGAAGGUGUGAAUAUGUUAGCCAGGCUGAGGGAGAGAAUGGGCUUCUGGACUUGGACACAUGUGAUGUUUGCUAUUGCCUGUUUUUCAUCAUUCAGUGCUCGGGCUCCGAGUGACACGUUAUGGAUUCAAAGUCCAUCUGGUUCUUUAACGUAAACUCUACUUGCUGCCUAUGAGCGUCCUACCCUGUAUACUGGUGCUCAAAUCUUCGAGUAUUUAAUUUGUAAUUCAUUCCUUAGAUUUCCUAUGAGCAGAGCAGAAAUUUGUAUCUCAUGCAGCCAGCUGAUUUAAGUUUAGAUCAAUUCUGUGAAAUAAGUCUAAGACAUGAUGAGUUAAGAGUCCUGAAGCUACUAUAUCUCUGUAGCUGAACACCUGAUUGUUCCAAGAGUCAACCAUUUUUGGUUUAUUACUUUCUUCAUAAUCUAUAUAUUUGAACCCUAUCGAUCUAAUCUUACAUAUCGGACACGCUUCUUCCUUAUUUCAUUAUUAUUUAGCAGUUUAUAACGAGAGCAAAUAUUAACUCAGAGCCAAUCCCUAAACUCUAAGUGAGUUUUGUUUAUCCUAGAAUAGUCAUUAACUUUGACAGAUACCAUUUAUGUACAUUAAGAUCACCAUCUCUAGGAAAACAUGAAUUCAUAUGUUUGUAAAUUAUGCUCUGAUUCUGGAAUGAUACCAUAGUUCUCCUUUUUCCAAGAAGUAUUUUUUUUGUAUCUUGUGCUUCAUUUCUUCUUUUUUUUCUAUUUACUUGAAGUUUGUCCUUAGUCUCAGAAGAAAGCUUAGUGAGAUCCAAAGGAGACCAUCGGUGUUGCACAGGUGAAAUGACUGAAUGGAAUAAGAGAAUACGCAGGCACGGAAGAGGAAAACCCCUUACUGUCUCUGAUCUGAAUGUGCUCGGCCAUCAUUCCCAUCCUUGUCGUAGUUGGUUCAGAAAGGUGAAAUAUUAUUAAAUGGGUUAGAAAUCCCACCUACGGGCACGUAUUCCCUAUCACUGAACAACACUUUUAACAGUAUAUCCAGCAUUACAAAGAGGUGAUGAAGCGACUGACUUCCCUAACAGGAGGAGCAUGUCCAUGGAAGCAGAGCUGUCUCUCGCUUUAUCCUGAGCACUUCCCACUUUAUUAUUCUGAGCAAAGAAAGUCGUUGAUAGCCAAAUUUUGAUUAUCCUUGUCAACACACCUUAAACUUAGGUUCACGGACACUGAGUCCAUAAAAAGGAUUAAAGGAAAUAAUGAAGGCCUUGAAAUUCCAGACAAAAUGGUGACUGUGUGCCAAACUGGGUUUUCCUGGAUGUGUGUCUCAAAGACAUCCGGCUUCUGAAAAGCUAUUGAUGUUUGGAUUUAGGGCAUAGUCUCAGAAAUUGUCAUUGGCAUAAAGCAGCUACCUUGCCAGCUUUGCUAUGCCUACUCUUCCUCACCUUCAUUCAUGAGAGUUCAGGGAAUGAUUCCCAGUCUCUUAACAAACGGAGGCAGUUCCUCUCCCAACAUGACCAGACUUUGUGGGAGACUUGGUCUAUCGGUGAGAAAAAAGUGGGUAGGACGGCAAGUAAUUUGUGCCCGGAGAAAUGAGAAUUGACUCGAUUACUCUGAUCGUUUACUCAUUUCCUAAGUUACUCAAAAGAUAGUUUUGGAGGAAUGUGAAACGUGACUUGGCAUGAUGCCUUAUUUCAUGAAACUCCUUUAUGAUUUGAGUUGACUCAUGUUUCCCACAACAAAACAAAGAAGAAAUAGUCCGGUACAGGAGUAAAAGAAACAAUCAUUUGACGUGUUUUUCCAAAGAGACUUCAUUUCCUUGUGCCAGGAUUUAGAAUUGGUUAUACACUUGAUUUUCAGCAAUUGUGCUUUUGCCAGUUUCAGGAUUUAAGAUAUGACUUUGGAGCAAUAUGAUGAAUGUUAAGAAAUCAACUGAAGUGAGGUGGUGAUUUAGUUUCGCUUUUUACUCAGGACUGGCAGUGAGGUGAAAGUUUGUGCUAUUUUAAUAAUGACGAUACUGUCACAAGGAGCUGUACGACCUGAGUUUGAGUAAAGAGAAGGAGGAGGAGGAUGACGAUGAUGAUGAGUUAAUCUCAGUCCUAAUCUUGUGUGUCUUUUCAUCAUCAGACUUCAGUCAUGCAUUAGAAAAUGCCUCAAGAAGGGACUCAGUUCUCAUCUUCCAUCGACUAUCAUUUCUUUCUUCCAGUCUCACAAUAGAAAACAUCUCUCUAUUACAGACAAGUAAGAUAUAUAAAAAGAACAUUCUCCUCCUGCCCUUUAGUAAAUGUCCCUCUGAGUAGUCUCUGAGUCCACUGACAAACUCCUCUUUCUGAACUGUUCAUUGUAUUUAGUAAAGUAAGGCAUUGUUGUUUUCCUACCAUUCACUGCAUUCAUUGAUGCAUCCCCCCGGGGCCACAAGCCUGAAAAGUAUUCUCUUUCUUAACAAAGGCAAUCACUCUAAAUCAUUACACUGUGUUCCCUCCACUACUAAAUGAAUAGAAACCGAAGAACUGCACAUGAACUUGAGACUAUUAUGUGUAAUAUUGAUGUUGUGUAAAUUUCAAUCUUCAUAGUCCAGAUAACCUUAAGUUUCAAAGGGCAUGCUGGUCAUUAAAAAAAAAAAAAAAAGAUUUAAUGUAAAAUGACAUAUUACAUAGUGCAUGAACAUGUGGCAAAGUAAUUUGGAUCUAUCCUUACUAGUCAAUGAGAGACUAAAUUUGGGGAGAUCAGCUGUGAGUGUUUUAGGUUAAUUCUCACCUGGGAUGAAGACAUCUUUAUGUUAGGAUACAUGGACCGUUGUCCAAAUUCCUUGCAGCAUAUGCUCCUGGUAACUAGAAUUUUUAGUGUGUUCUUUCCGCCAAAGUAGUGGAGAUAUGUUCAUAUAACCUGCUAUUGAAUUGUAAAAACUUUUACAUUUUCAGAGUUUGAGGGAACCCAAGUAGGAAAGUGAAUUUAGUCAUUUUCCUCUGCUGGUGUUCAAGUCAAAUUUUAAACUCAGACACUCUCAGAUAUGUUCAACAGUCAGUAAAAAGUGCAUUUUACAUAGUGUUUCCCUUUAGUUUUGCCUACCCUCUUUGAUUUUGUACAAUCUAGAAUGUAUGUAACUCACGCGUAGGUGAUGGAGGCGCUCUUUUUUUUUUUCUUAGAAUACUUACAACUAUAUAUUUGGUUUUGCUUUGACUAGCAAUAGGAAAAUAGACAAAUACACGUGUAAAAAUGAGAAAUUUUAAACUUGAAUUAUAAUUUGUGUUUUAUAGUCGUUUCAUAAGUCUGUUGCUCUCUAUGAGUAUGCUCUCUAUAUAUCCUGUAAAAAUAAAUUUAUAUGUUACAUAGAAAUUCAAGAAAUUAAAUUAUUUAUUAAGCUACAAAUGUUUCUUCUGGUUUCUACCUGAUUAUAGCUGAAAAUAAAUUAAAUAAUGUGUUGUUGGAACAUAUGUAAGUACCUUCGUUAAUUUGAUAACUCUUGUUAAACUUUUCUUUCCCUCUCUGUUUAUGUCUCUAUAAGCUUAUAAUUCUUAGACUUAAUUCCUAUGAUUGUGAAGAAAGGACUUAAGACAUGGCCAAGUGGCUGAACAAAAAGAAAACCUUGUUAAAAAAUCAAGUUCACGUACAAUCCCUCUUCUGUUCUUCACUCCGGGAUUAUGGAGAGGUUUGAAUCACAAACUUGAUCACUUAAAAGUCAUUAGCACAUUAAUGAUUGUUUCAAGGUUAAAUUCUACAUUUUUCCCUCAUCUAUUUCAUAACGUCCUUGGAGAAACAGAAAUGCUGUUUCUCCUCCUUACUUCUUGCUCCCCAGGUAUUUUAUUCCUUGCUUUUUAAGGUACUACUCACAUAACAACCUUAAAAUAAAGUCCCCUCAGGUAAUAUUUUAAAGUGACCAAGAUCUUUAAUCACCUUAUUUUUCUACUCUGUCUGCACCUGCUUCUAGUGCACAGUCAUUCCUAAAGAGAAAUGUUUUUUGGCCUUACGUUUCAUUUUAUGUUAAAGAUAAGUAAACUUAUUAUUUAUUUCUUUGGGGGGAGGGGGAUGGUGGUGAAUCUUUACAUCACAAGCGUAAUAAGUGAACAACCAUAAACCUCUUAGAAUCAAUGGGCUGUUUAGGCAGAAUUCCUAUCUUAGGACAGCAUUUUAAGAAACACUUAUCAAAGAUGACUCCAAAAUAAAUCAUUAUGAAAAUGGAAAGGAAUAUUUGUCAAACCCCGUAAGGUUAUUUCAGGUUGGAUUUCAGAGUAAUUAAUAUAUUUAAAAUUUCAUAAAGUCAUUUCUACCUCAGUAGGGUUUUUCAAAUGUGAAAAAAAAAUAACUUCUACUGAAAAAGUAAAGUGUUAUAUGGAUUAUGACUCAGUGUAUAAUUCCCCUAUUGUAUUUCAAAUUGUGAACACUAGGACCUGACCCAUUAUUAAAAAUAUCGGGAGAGAAAACCCUGUAGUUGAAGAAUAUCUGGGACUAUUUGUGCACCUUACAUAUACACAUUUAAAUUCUCAGGAAGUUUCAAUUACACUCAUACUAUUGACAGGUGGUUAAAAGACUGACACCCAUGGACCAUCUUAUUUCUAGAAGAUUUCUAAUUGAUAUCAAAUCUAUGUUUAUGGGAAAAACAGAAACAGAGACUGGAGUAAAUAUUCAGAGAAUUAAAAUGGUCAUCACCCGAUCACUUACGUGGGAUUUUUAGCAUUUAUCUAUGGCCUGUAAGAGUAAUUCAGACAAAUUCCUUGAUCAAUCACUGUUUCGUGCCCAGUGAUACUGAUGUGUGUGGGGAGGGCAGGGUGAAAUCCUGGAGAAUAGAGAACAUCUAAAUCUGACCAGUAUUUUAGUCAAUGUCUGCUUAAAUUAGGAAUUUUUAUCUCAGUGAACUGUCAAUUGGUUUUAAAUGGUACACAGAGGGAGGUUAUUAUUGAAAUAGUUAUGUAUUUGAUUGAAUAUAUGCUAGGAUUAAAAAAACUACAUAAUACAUCAAAGUUGACUUUAGGGGUACUGUUCUAGUUUUGUUUAUAUGGCAGAAUGAUAUAUAAUUGCAUGAUUCAAAUAAAAAAAAAAACAGGUAACCGUCUAGGAAAGAUGAUAAAUGGCAAAAGUCAUCAAGAUGCUUCAUGAAUGACUGGAUUCAGGAAAAACUGCUAAGAUAGUCAAAUUUGAACUUCUGGAGAAAAAAAAACUAAUAAAAGGUGAAAGCUUCCCCCAAACAGUAGAAGAAAAUGCCAAAAACCUAUAAAAAUGACUGGUUUAAAUUAAGCAAGGAGCUAUCUUAGUACUCUAAUUGUCCUUGGCAAUGAAGAGCUGUUGACACAAUUAUGAACUUGAAAACUGACAUCUGAAAGAAAAUCCUUUUUUAAAGGGCCUCAGCACACUUUUCCGAAGUAAAAGGUGAAAUGGAUUGCUAAACAUUAUAAGGUAUGAAUAGAGAUUACGAUUUUGGUACACUGGAUACUGCGACAUAAAGGCUCGGUGAAGGGUGAAAUCGUUUGUCCAGAGGGUCCUUCCAAAGGGCCUGUUGUCAUACUUCUCAGACCUGGGUGCAAUUACAAUCACCUGGGAAGAUUUAAAGAGUCCCAGAGAUUCAAAUUAAACCAGUCUGGGUUUUGUCCCCAUUGUUAGUUGCUAGGGUUUUUUUGGUUUUCUUAUCUUUUGUCUUGCUUUUUAAUGAAGUCUCUAGGUAAUUCUAUAAAAACAGCAGAGUUGAAAACUAUAGGAGCCGAACGGGUGGGUCACAAAUUUUAGGCUUUGGAAGAAUUGCCUGGAAGCCUUGUUAAAAAUGGAAAUUCCACUUUAACUCUGAUAGUACUGGAGUGAGGCCCGGAAUCUAUUUAUUUAACAAGCUUCCCAGGUGAUUGUAAUGUGAAGGCCUACAGACAGCUCUUUGAGAAACAAAGGUGUAGGAUUUGUUGUUUCUGUCAUUACAGUUGCUGUCACUCUUUGGAAUACAAGAUUAAAGUUUGCGGUGGAUAAAUGUUACCAUAAACUGGGUCUUCCUUUUUUAACAAUCUCUCCCAAUUUGUCCACCAGCACUCACAAUGAAGAUGUCCUGAGAAAAAAAAAAAAAUGAACUACAUAUAGACAAUUAUACUUCAUCUGAGAAUAUCUCAAAAAGAAGGGGGGAAAAAAGAACUAGUAAAAAAAUGGAGUCCAACUUUUUCAUGAAAUCCAUGACUUCAAAAAAUGCCCCAGCAUAGAAGAAAAAUAAAUGAAUUGAUAGUUAAGCGUUAACUAAGAACACAUUCUUCUUAGAGAACAUAUGUCUGUUGUCGCUUGUGUUUCUGUUAAGGAAGAAAAAAAGCAAAAUUAGGGCUACCAAAGAUAUUGAUUGUGAAAAUAAAGGCAUCGACAUCAAAUUUGUUAAAUUAGUUGGACUUAAUGAACAAUUAGUUUCCCUCAUGUUAACAAUGAGUUCACAGAAAGAUGAAUUCUAAUGAAGACUUUUCCGACCAUCCUUUAGCGUAAGAAUCACUCGCAGCAUUUGUUACAAGCAUAGGUUACUGGCUCACCCUCCAAAACAAUUGAACGCUGGGAAAUUUUUACAAUCAUGUUAUUUGGUGACCCCUAUUCUGGUGAAUGAUGUAAAGUCUAAGACUAUAUCCAUGCAGUGCCCAUAAAUUUAGUUAGGUCUUUGUGAGAUGGUAAGUUAAAUGCCCCAUCUUGCAUUAUUUCAGCAACAUGACAACUGACACAACGAUAAACUUCAGUUGGUCCUUAAUUUCACACCUUAAUCACUUAUACUGGCAAUAUUUUUUCAGCCACGUAUAUUUAUCUCACUGGACUAAUACUGACCGUUAUGUCCUUUGUUACACCAGGAAUGAUGACCAGUGAUGAAGUUUGUCGCUUCUGUUUCUUAAGACGAAGGUCCUAUUUGAUGUCUGAUUCUCAUGCACGUCUCAAGGACAUGGCUCCUAUUAGGAGAAAAUAUUCUCAUACAUUAAUUGUGGAGUAGCCAUGUCAUAGAGUUUCUGGAGAAUUCUUUUAACCUUUUCCACCCAUAUCCUAGUGACUUCCACAGCCACUAUAGGACUGACCUCUUACAGUUUAUGGUUUUAUAAAACCAGAAGAUCCAAAAAAUAAUAUUCAGUAGUAGUAGAACCCUACUGAGUGCAAUACAGCCUUUUUAAAUUUCUACACUAAGCCGAAAGAGACAAUAUACCAAGUGAGUUUGAUUUAUUUUCAGAACACAAUCUGGACAACAGCUCAAAACAGUCAACUUUGGCAACACGAAGCAUUUAGUGAGCUAAAUUAACAUACAUGUGUGCCUGCAUGUAUAAUGUCUGUGCACUCUAAUUAAAAACACACACUUGUAAUACAUUUAAGUAAACUUAAUCAGUACAUGCUCUACAUUAAAUAAACAGUGAUAUGAGUUCCCAAGAUAAUGCCCUCCAUCAAGAAAUUACUCAGUGACCAUUUUUGCACAGGCUAAAAAUAAAUACCCAGGUUUCUGUUCAACUAACUUUUCUUUAAGGACAUGCAUUUUAUCUUCAAGGAGAGAGUCAGCUCAUUCUUGCUUUUCGCAGAAAAAUUCUGUGAUUGUUUCCAUUUUCUAGUUUUCCAUUACAUGGUAGCCCUGAAUUAUUUAUUUAUAAAAAAUGGAAGGUAUUGCGCUCAGCAACUAUCAUAAGAAAAGCCGGUGAAAGCGUCAAAGUUAUUACCAUGGAUUUCCUAUCUUUUAGUCGAUUUUAUUUUUCCUGGGCUGUGAAAUAACUUAUUUUUUCAGAUUCCAUUUAAAUUACAUCCUUAGCAAAUAACAUGUCCUCAGCAAAGCCUAACUUUAGAAAUACAGUUACCGCUAACGUUUUCUUUUUUAGUUUUCUUUUACUUUACAGAAUCCAUGCCGGCCCUGAAGUGAGAUAGAAACACAAUAGAACUAAGUACAUUUACAACUGACAAACUUAUGAGUGCUGCACCUUACGUACUCUACACCACGGUGUGAACUUGUAUUCGCAGUCAUCUUCAGAAUGGGCAGCUGAAUAACUUGCUGGGUAUUUUCAUGAGAAAACUGGACAUGGGAUAAGAUGUUACAGGCGAGGGUAGCAGAGGUUCCUGCUGGUGGAGCACUAGAGAAGUAUACGUUGAUGUUGAUAUCUCUAAAGAUUUUAACUAUGGCUUGUAGGUAGGGUCCCAUAACCAACUGUAGCAAGCGUAACAUACUUAGCAUUUUGUAUUUUCAUUUUAAGAGGGAAGGAGAUCACUCACUCAAUAUGAAUGCUGCAUAUGUUAGCAAUAGAGAUAGUGAUUUUGUAAUUUUGAUUGCACUUGCCUUAAAUUUUUUCCAAAAAGAAAUUAUAUAUAAACAAAUACCGAUGAGGAUGGUUAAAGAACAUUGUUUAAAAAUAGGCAAGUUCUGCACUGAUUACACUUUUUUACAUAAUUUCAUGCAUAAUGGCAAAGUAUAUUUGCCAGAUCCAUGUAAUGAGUAUACGAGCACAUGAUAACAGCCGUUUGUACAAGCACAAAGUGUUCUAUGUUUAGAUUAAAAAUUAACAAUGCUAACUUUUGGUGUGACUGCUUUCAAUUUCAAAAAGUUGGAUGUUUAAAGAUAAAUUUAUUACUUGCACAAGAAUAUUUUUGUAUAAUACUGGGAAAGGUUUCAAAAUGGACUUGCUUUAUGGAGUGCAAUUUUCAGAGAAAAUAAACAGGGUAUGUGUCCAGUUUGUAAAUGUUUUCUUUCCAGAUUACUCUUUCACUGGUUAAAUGCAAGGAUAUGAUGACUUGAAUAUUUUGUGUGUGUGAAUAAUACCGACAACAAUAACAAAAAUAAAGUAAUGUGAAUAAGUUGCGUAUGCAAACUUCUUUUAAUCAAUGCCGGUAGAUCCUGAAAACAGUAGUGAACGUCCAUUUCUGUGAGUAUCAUGCUACAAAUAUUUAUAAUUGUGUUUUGCUGUUCGAUGUAUGAACAUAGAUCCCUUAUAAGAAAAAUAUUAAAAAUGUUGUUUUUAGGAGAACUUUUAUUCUUCAUGCUUCAGUCUGACAUAUUUAUUUUCUAAAAU